AUGCCACGUAAAUUAGUUCCAGUUUCGACGAUUGAUCCAGAAACUGGUCAUAUUUCAAUGCGACGGUCGGAUCCAAUGAUCAAUAAUAUUAACGAGUAUAUUAUAGCAGCUUGUCGUUUCAAUAUGGAUAUCAAAUUUAUCUGGACUGGUAGUGAUGCAAAAGCGCUCGUUUAUUAUAUUACUGAUUAUGUGAUAAAAAUUAUUCUUUCUUUUCAUGAUACACUUUCUCUUGUACAGAAAUAUGCAACUGAUGAAGACGUAUAUGAUGAAACUACUAAUGAUGAAAACAACGAUGAAGAAAAUUUUCAAAUUCAAUCGACUGGCUCUGACAAAAAUUACGUAUUCGUUAACACAAGAAUUGAUUAUCAAUAUCGUUCCGAUAUUUUCAAUGACAUGUGUUUGUAUGACUUUGCUAGCACUAUAGAUAAGAAAAAGAUGAAUGCAGCUGAUUUAAAAUAUUUAUCGACGAAUAUGGCAUCAUCACGAGAAGAAGAAGGUAACCAAAGAGGUCGACCAGUUAAUGAACGUUUUCCUUUCCAAAGCCAACAUCCACAAGCAAAAGCAUAUGUUUUGAUGAAAUACAGUGAACCUCAUGUACCAAUUCUUUAUGGUCCACAAAUUCCUCGACAAUAUCGUGAUGAUACUCGAGAACGAUAUUGUCGAGCUCCUCUUACACUUUUCGUACCUUGGCGCACCGUUACUGAUCUUUGUGACCUCAACCAAACAUGGGAAGAUGCUUUUAAAUCUCGACAAGAAUAUAUUUCCAUUCACUCAUGGAAGAUUAUAGAGAAUAUUCAACUGUUACAUGAAUGUAGGAAGGAUCGUGAUGAACACCUCCUUCAAGUUAUUACUGAAGCUCAAACUGAUAAUGAUGGAAUUGAUACUGUUCUUUUACCUUCAGAUCAAAAUGUUGAUGGUGAAUACGAUAUAGACGAUAAUGAAGGCUUAUCAGAGUUGUUGAACAACAUAGAUGAAUAUACAAUUAAAGCAAUUAAUGCCGGCAAAAGAACAACAGAAGAUAAAUAUAUUCAAGAAACUAUCGAGGCAGUCGAAAAGGUUGGACGAUUUAGUGAUAUAAACAUUCGUCAUCAAUCUUCUUCAAAUGAAUUUAUUGAUUCUACAAAUCAACAACUUACACCAUUUGUUUCUGCAACACAAAAUCUUGUUCUACUAAACAAAAAAUGGCAAGAACAAUUGAAAACUGACAGGGAACGAGUUAGACAAACUUUCAUUACAGGUAACUAUAGUGCAGCAGAUGAUUCAUUAGAUUUACAUGUUGCAAACGAUGCCAUUGUAACAGUGAUGAAUCCAAAUAGUAAUAAUAAUAACAAUCUUGAAAGUUACGGUUCAAUUCUUCCAGUUGUGUCAGUUACAACCAACUUUCCCACGCAAAAAAGUAUCGCUGAUGAAUUUACAUUAAACAGAGAACAACGUGCCGCAUUCAUGAUCAUUACAAGUCAUCUUGAUGGUGACAGUCGAUGUCGUACAGGUAUUUUUACAAUAUAA